AUGCUUCUACCUUGUCGGGCAUUGCCCAUGUACCCGCCGUUGACACCAGCACGGUGGGCAUCGAUGGCCAUUACCAGAGAUGCCGAGCAGGAUGCGCACUUUGACCCCUCCGCCUGUGUGGAGGUCUGCCGAGCGCGGUAUCCCAACGUUCGGCCUGCAGAGAUUGUCGCAGCCGUGCAUGGGCCACGUUGCGGCUGCCAUGUGGGGACGCUUCCCGAGACCUUCUCGGAAGUCGAUAGUACCUAUUGCACCUACCAGUGCAAGUUUUACGAGAACCCCAUUUGCGGGGGACCGCCGUCCUUCUGGGGCGUGUUCGUGCAGUACGACUUCCAGGCCUUUUCUUCCCAUGGUGCCUAUGAUCCCUGGCGGAAGAUUUGGUACACGAUUGCCGUCGUGAGGGAGGCGACCAUCAUUGGCGCAGAGGCCUGGAAUCCAGACUUGCAGUUAGACCCUGAGCGGUAUUACCUCCACGCUGCUUCGGUGCAGACGGGACAAGCUGCGUUGGAGGCCCAGGUUCAGUUUUCAGCUACAGAGACUCCGAAGGAACACAAGCUUUUUGGAGUGCUUUGUAAGAAUACUCUUGGUCAUUUCUUUUGGCCGGCGUCGCAGCGAAUGCGGACUGUAAAGAUCAUUCGACAGUGUUUCAGUGCUGCCAUGACGGGCAUCCAAUGUGUGGUCUUUGAUUUGGACGACACCCUGUGGAGCACUGCUGCAACUCUGGAGCAUGCCCAUGAGGUCAUGAACAACGCUCUGCAGACUGAACUGCCUGAGGAGCCAAUAGAAUCUCCUGAGCAGUUUCGGGAUCGAAUGCGAGCAGUGCAGAAGGACUUUCCUGAGCGCGAGCACGACUUUGGCUUCUGUCGGCGGGAAGCGCUGAUGAGGAUGACAGGAGAUGCCAUGUUGGCGGAGCGUGUCUUCGUGGCUUGGCACAAGGCGAGGAAUGAGCCGACGCUCUUUGACGGCGCCGAGGAGAUGCUACGGAGGCUUAAAAGGACGAUGAAGAUCGGUACACUGACAGAUGGUAACGCGGAUCCCUUCGUUAUCAGCCCUUUGAAAGACUUGAUCGACUUUCAUGUGAACUCAGUUGAGGAGACGGGCUUUGGAGAGAGGACACAAAAAGCCAGACGAACACAUUUGACAGAAAAUACAACGGAAAUGCCUUGCAACGCAAUCAAACAUCGAGGCGGGCGCUCCAAAGCCGGACCUGCGGAUGUUCAAACUUUGCGAGGCCAAAUCAGGCUGCUUGCCCAAUCAGUUGGUCAUGGUUGGCGACAACGUUGGGAAAGACAUUCGAGGCGCUCAGGCUGCAGGCUGGCGUUCCAUCUGGGUUCACCCACCGAAGUGUGAGGGCUGCGGCCCUUUCGAGAUGGCGGCGCCGGCAGCUGUGGGAGACACUGCUGCAGAUGCGGAGGUUGAUCAAGUGUCCAAGGUGGAGGAAGUGCUGCUUCGCUGGGAACAGCAGGGCCGGCUCUAGGGCGUUGAAGCGGUUUGCAUGGCGAGCGGUCGACUCACCCAGCAUUCCUGCCAAAACCUGGCACAGGCGCAUUUCUUCAAUGAGCUGGCUGUGAAGCAUCAUCCUUUCUGUACCUUAGAGGCCUGAAUUGAUGAGCCUCCAUAAAAGCAGCAAAGAGGUCGGUUCCAUUUGCCUGAAUGGGCGGUUCCUGACUGGCUUUGCAGCCACUUUUGCCUCUUGGAGCCAGGACAAAAAGGG